UUUUCCUUCCGGUCUUCACAGGUUUGCUGAUGGCUUCUAAGACAAAUGCGUUCUAUUUCUAUCUGAAAGAAGGCGACGAGAAAUGCUUCAUAAGGGAAUUGCCAGACAAAACUUUGCUCAUUGCUCAUUAUAGAUGCCAAGCGAUUUCCAAGGAUUCAGAAGGCGAAAAGAAUUCCGUACCAGAUUCUGUUAAGGAGAAUGGAAUGAUGGUGGAGGUGCUGAACCCUCACAAUAAGAUCGUUCUUUCCCGAAAAUAUCGCUCGGAGGGGAGUUUCAGUUUCACUUCACAUGAGCCAGGAGAGCAUACGAUUUGUAUGCAUACAAAAGAUUUUAAUUUCUCCGGAAGAACUUUGAAAAUUGAUCUAGAAAUCCAAGUAGGAGAACAUACCAUCAACUAUACCGCCGUGGCGAAAAAACAAAAACUCUCAGAAAUGCAGACAAAACUCAAACAGCUAAAUGAGAAAGCUGCAGAAAUUAUCAAAGAACUAGACUACCAACGGUACCGGGAAGAACUGUUCCGUGAAUCGACGGAAGCUAUCAGCAAAAGAAUUCUGAUGUGGUCCGUUGCACAAACUAUCGUCUUAAUAAUGGUCGGAGUGUGGCAAGUGCAGAACUUCAGAAUGUUUAUAGAAUCAAAGAAAUUAGUGUAAUUGAAUUUCAAAGAAAACAAUCUUAU